CGCGAGACAGAUCAGCUGUCUAUAGUAUACAGUAACUGAAACUUGUGAUUCCCAUAUACGUUUUAAGUUUAUUAGUAAAACAUUGUAUAUCAGCUCGUGAAAUUUUGAUAGGCAAAGCAUGUAUGCCCUCGAAGAUGAUCAAUACGACGACGAGGAUGCGGAAGAGAUUUCGUCAAAACUUUGGCAGGAAGCCUGUUGGAUCGUCAUUAACGCUUAUUUUGAUGAGAAAGGUCUUGUACGACAACAGCUUGACAGUUUUGAUGAGUUCAUUGAAAUGUCUGUACAGAGAAUCGUAGAAGAUUCGCCGCAAAUUGAUCUACAAGCAGAGGCACAACAUACUUCAGGAGAAAUAGAAAAUCCUGUUAGGCAUUUGUUGAAAUUUGAACAGAUCUAUCUGUCGAAGCCUACUCAUUGGGAAAAGGAUGGAGCUCCGUCUCCUAUGAUGCCAAAUGAAGCUAGGCUCAGAAAUUUGACAUAUUCUGCACCAUUAUACGUAGAUAUAACUAAAACAAUUGUAAAAGAUGGGGAAGAUCCUAUCGAAACUCAACAUCAAAAAACGUUUAUAGGAAAAAUUCCAAUUAUGUUAAGAUCAAAAUACUGUUUACUUGCUGGUUUAUCCGAUCGUGAUUUGACAGAAUUAAACGAAUGUCCAUUAGAUCCAGGUGGUUAUUUUAUUAUUAAUGGAUCAGAAAAAGUACUAAUCGCACAAGAAAAAAUGGCCACAAAUACAGUGUACGUUUUCAGCAUGAAAGAUGGAAAAUAUGCAUAUAAGUCUGAAAUUAGAUCUUGUUUGGAACAUAGUUCACGCCCUACAUCCACAUUAUGGAUCAAUAUGAUGGCAAAGAGUGGAGCUAGUAUUAAAAAGUCUGCCAUAGGACAACGUAUUAUCGCUAUUAUUCCAUACAUUAAACAAGAAAUUCCUAUUAUGAUCGUUUUUCGGGCGCUCGGAUUUGUAGCCGAUCGCGAUAUUUUAGAACACAUUAUAUACGAUUUCGACGAUCCCGAAAUGAUGGAAAUGGUAAAACCUUCUUUGGACGAAGCUUUUGUCAUACAAGAGCAGAAUGUUGCAUUAAAUUUUAUUGGUACUAGAGGUGCCAGACCUGGAGUAACUAAAGAGAAACGUAUUAAAUAUGCUAGGGAAAUUUUACAAAAAGAAAUGCUUCCGCACGUAGGCAUAAGUGAUUUUUGUGAAACUAAGAAAGCCUACUUCCUGGGUUACAUGGUGCAUAGAUUAUUAUCGGCGUCUCUCGGUAGGAGAGAGUUAGACGAUCGCGAUCACUACGGUAAUAAAAGACUAGAUUUGGCCGGGCCGUUAUUGGCAUUUUUAUUCAGAGGACUAUUUAAGAACCUGAUGAAAGAAGUGCGAUUGUACGCACAGAAAUUCAUAGACAGAGGAAAAGACUUCAAUCUGGAACUUGCCAUCAAAACAAAAAUUAUUACCGAUGGCUUACGGUAUUCGCUUGCUACCGGAAAUUGGGGAGAUCAGAAGAAGGCUCAUCAGGCCAGAGCCGGCGUGUCUCAAGUAUUAAAUAGAUUAACGUUUGCAUCGACGCUUUCGCAUUUGAGAAGAGUAAAUUCUCCGAUCGGAAGGGACGGAAAACUAGCGAAACCGCGUCAGUUGCAUAACACAUUAUGGGGUAUGUUGUGUCCCGCGGAAACACCGGAAGGUGCCGCCGUAGGGUUGGUCAAAAAUCUAGCGUUAAUGGCUUAUAUUAGCGUUGGAUCUCAACCUUCUCCUAUUCUUGAGUUCUUGGAGGAGUGGUCGAUGGAAAAUUUAGAGGAAAUCGCGCCCAGUGCCAUAGCCGACGCGACAAAGAUAUUUGUAAACGGCUGCUGGGUUGGUAUCCACAGAGAUCCGGAUCAGUUAAUGGCUACCUUGCGCAAACUGAGGCGUCAAAUGGACAUUAUUGUGUCAGAAGUAUCUAUGAUCAGAGAUAUCAGAGAUCGAGAAAUCAGAAUAUACACGGAUGCCGGAAGAAUCAGUAGGCCUUUGUUAAUCGUUGAAGGACAGAAUUUGCUGUUGAAAAAGAGACAUAUUGAUAUGUUGAAGGAAAGAGAUUACAAUAACGAUGGCUGGCAGGAAUUGGUCGGAAGCGGAGUAGUCGAAUACAUAGAUACUUUAGAAGAAGAAACUGUGAUGAUUGCUAUGUCGCCUGAAGAUCUCAGGCAGGAGAAAGAAUAUGCUUACUGUACAACGUAUACACACUGCGAAAUUCAUCCAGCAAUGAUUUUGGGAGUCUGUGCCUCGAUCAUUCCCUUUCCUGAUCAUAAUCAGAGCCCCAGAAACACUUAUCAAAGCGCUAUGGGUAAACAAGCUAUGGGGGUGUACAUCACAAAUUUUCAUGUACGGAUGGACACUUUGGCUCACGUACUAUACUAUCCCCACAAACCUUUAGUCACAACAAGGUCUAUGGAGUAUCUUAGAUUUCGUGAAUUACCAGCUGGAAUCAAUAGUAUAGUUGCUAUUUUAUGUUACACCGGUUACAAUCAAGAGGACAGUGUUAUCUUGAACGCUAGUGCUGUCGAGAGAGGUUUCUUUAGAUCCGUGUUCUAUAGAUCCUACAAAGAUUCUGAAUCAAAAAGAAUCGGUGAUCAAGAAGAACAGUUCGAGAAGCCUACGCGGCAAACUUGCCAAGGGAUGCGGAAUGCUAUCUAUGACAAAUUGGACGAUGAUGGAAUUAUUGCUCCGGGAAUUCGUGUAUCUGGAGACGACGUUGUUAUAGGAAAAACUAUUACUCUGCCAGAGACAGAUGACGAAUUGGAUAGUACAACAAAGCGUUUCACGAAGAGGGACGCGUCCACCUUCUUACGUAACAGCGAAACUGGUAUAGUGGAUCAAGUAAUGUUGACUCUGAAUAGCGAAGGAUACAAGUUUUGCAAAAUAAGGGUACGGAGUGUACGCAUUCCGCAAAUUGGCGACAAGUUCGCUUCGCGGCACGGACAGAAAGGCACUUGUGGAAUUCAGUACAGGCAGGAAGAUAUGCCAUUUUCGUGCGAGGGUCUCACGCCGGACAUAAUAAUUAACCCCCACGCUAUCCCGUCGCGUAUGACCAUUGGCCAUUUAAUCGAGUGUAUACAGGGAAAAGUGUCGGCUAACAAAGGUGAAAUUGGUGAUGCCACACCGUUCAAUGAUGCUGUAAAUGUACAGAAGAUCUCCACGCUUCUGCAAGAGUAUGGGUAUCAACUUAGAGGAAACGAAGUGAUGUACAAUGGUCAUACCGGCCGCAAGAUCAAUGCCCAAGUCUUUUUAGGCCCAACUUAUUAUCAACGUUUAAAGCACAUGGUGGAUGAUAAAAUUCACAGCAGAGCCCGGGGACCUGUACAGAUUUUAGUCCGGCAACCCAUGGAAGGCAGAGCUAGAGACGGAGGUUUGCGAUUCGGUGAAAUGGAGCGCGAUUGUCAGAUUUCUCACGGAGCCGCGCAAUUUUUACGAGAACGUUUGUUCGAAGUUUCGGAUCCAUACCGGAUACACAUAUGCAAUUUCUGCGGUUUAAUAGCGAUAGCAAAUUUGAGAAAUAAUACGUUCGAAUGUAAAGGUUGUAAAAACAAAACACAAAUCUCCCAAGUUAGAUUACCGUACGCGGCGAAGUUACUUUUCCAGGAACUUAUGGCUAUGAACAUUGCGCCUCGAUUAAUGGUCGCAUAAACGUUGAUGUAUUUAUUGUUCUUUUAUAAGAUUUUGCAAAAUAAAGUUGAAUAGAAGAGAAUUGUAUCAUGCUCUGUUUUUUUGAAAAAGUUAGGUUCGUGUAUUUUUUGAAUACAUUACGAAUCAUACCUCGUCGUGUACACAUAAAAUGUACAUACACGACACUAAUAAUCGAACUAUAUAUCAAAUUAUUUCAGCAAAGUUUAUAUCGGCUCUAUUAUGUGGGCAAAGGAAAAAUUUGCAACCUUCCUAAAU